CGGCCUCCGCGGGCGGUGAUUGGGCGUCGCCGGGCGGGUUUCUCCCCGAGGGUGGUUUGGUUCAGCUGGACAGUGGCGGGCGCAGGGGAGUCCGGGCCGGCGAGCUCUGCCUUUUCGCCUCUCUCCCCUCGGCCAGGCCUGAGAGGGGCGCCCAGCGGGACCAUGUCGAGCCAGGAAGAAGAAGAGGAAGAGCAGCGGCGGGCCAAGGAGAUCCUGAGGGGAUUCAAACUAAACUGGAUGAAUCUCCGAGAUGCAGAAACUGGAAAAAUUCUCUGGCAAGGAACGGAAGAUCUCUCAGUCCCCGGAGUAGAGCAUGAAGCCCGAGUUCCUAAGAAGAUUCUGAAAUGCAAGGCUGUUUCUCGGGAGCUCAAUUUUUCCUCCACGGAGCAGAUGGAAAAAUUCCGCCUGGAACAGAAAGUUUAUUUCAAGGGACAAUGUCUAGAAGAGUGGUUCUUUGAGUUUGGCUUUGUCAUCCCAAACUCCACCAACACCUGGCAGUCUUUGAUAGAAGCAGCUCCAGAGUCGCAAAUGAUGCCAGCUAAUGUUCUCACCGGGAACGUGAUCAUAGAAACCAAGUUUUACGACGACGACCUCCUCGUCAGCACUUCCAGAGUAAGACUCUUCUACGUUUGAGAGAAGGCCGGGGCAGGGCUCGGGCCUGGCUUAGUUCCUCCCCACACCUGAUUCCCAGGGGGGGCCGAAUCCCCAAUUUCUCCCCUCAAGGCGUCCAAUGACGGAAGACUUUUUUUUAGGAGGUCCGGGGCAUGGCGAGACUCGUGCCCUUUGACCCAUCUUUCUCUUGCCCUCCUGCAAGGCCAUCCUGCAACACCUUGUAGCCAUCUGCUCAGAUAUUGGGGAAGGGGGCGGAGAGAAGGACUUUUUUUGGGGGGGGGCACCCCAACGGGCAAGAAGGAUCAAGAUUGUAAAUGGGACUUAAGAGGGUUGGUUAUUUUUCUUUAGAUCUUUCUAUGUCUCCGUACUUAGUCGCCUCCUUGGCAGACUGACUGUCGGCUCAGCUUCUUCAUUGUCUUUCUUUACUUCUUUUAAGUUUCACCUGUUCGGCUCCCCUUUCUUUCUUUCUUCCUCUCUCUCUUUCUUUUUUUUUUUCUUCCCCAUUUUUUAAUUCCGACACUCCUCUCGGUUUAACUGGUCCAGACUCAUUUCUUCCACCGUCCCGUUUCCUUGAACUUGUAAAAUAGACUGCAAUAUUCUUACAUAAUGUAAUUAAAAAAUAAAUUUCUGAUUGAAAAGCAAA